AUGAGUAGUAGGAUAUUGUUGUCCGGUUUGGUGGGGUUGGGUGCCGGUACUGGCUUAACUUAUCUUCUUUUGAACAAACGCUCUCCGGGACAAGUUAUUGAAUCGCCUUAUCCAAUCACACAAAAAUCAAACGGUAAAAUUCAACCUCACUCCUUUAAGGUUGACCCUUCCGGAUUCUUCAAGUAUGGGUUUCCUGGUCCAAUUCAUGAUCUGCAAAACCGUGAAGAAUUUAUUUCAUGCUACAAUAGGCAAACACAGAAUCCUUAUUGGGUCUUAGAACAUAUAACGCCAGAAUCCAUGGCUGCAAGAAACGCUGAUAGGAAAAAUUCUUUUUUCAGGGAAGAUGAAGUCAUUCCAGAGAAAUUUAGAGGUAAAUUAAGCGACUAUUUCAGGUCAGGUUAUGAUCGUGGCCAUCAAGCACCAGCUGCUGACGCAAAAUUUUCUCAGCAGGCUAUGAAUGACACGUUUUAUUUAUCUAAUAUUUGUCCUCAAGUGGGAGGGGGCUUUAAUAGAGACUACUGGGCGCAUUUAGAAUAUUUUUGUAGAGGAUUGACUAAAAAGUACCAGAGUGUAAGAAUUGUUACAGGUCCUUUGUAUUUGCCAAAAAAAGAUCCUGCUGACAACAAAUUCAAAAUCACUUAUGAAGUAAUUGGCAAUCCGCCCAGCAUUGCCGUUCCAACGCAUUUUUUCAAAUUGAUUGUUGCCGAAUCGCCAACAAAUAACCCUACUAGAGAAGAUAUUGCCGUUGCAGCGUUUGUAUUACCAAAUGAACCAAUAUCCAAUGAAACGAAACUGACUGACUUUGAAGUCCCUGUAGAUGCUCUAGAAAGAAGCACUGGGUUAGAAUUUCUGCAAAAAGUGCCGCUAUUGAAGAAAAAGGCAUUAUGUAAAGAAGUGAAUUGUCAAAUUGUGGUGAGAGACUUUUCCAACGCAGCAAUUAAACCAUCAAAAGAUUUGAAAUUAUUACCACCUCCAAAAAAUGCCGAUUGA